GCAACAUUUUGUACUUUUAUAAACAUACAAACACCAUCUGUGCCAUUCUUUGAAAUCAGCUUUAYUAACUAUGGAACUUUCUUUUAUAUUUCAUUCGUGAUCGCGUCAUGGUUGACACAAUCAUAGCAAUUAUAGCGCUGUCGUUCACUGCUGCUAUUGGCAUUUUACUCGUGGUUCUUGGAUGUGCUUUGAAAGAUUAUGGCACUUGGUGGCCUUUGUUUGUAUUACUUUUUUAUUGUCUUGCUCCCAUACCAACUAUAGUAGCCAAGAGGUUAUCAGAAGAUUUCUCAUCAAACUCAUCAAACGUUGCCAAAGAAGUAUCAUUUUUUAUCACAUCAGGAAUAGUCAUAUCAGCUUUUGGAUUGCCCAUUGUGCUGGCYCGUUGUACUAUUAUCGAAUGGGGAGCAGUGGCCCUUGUUCUUUCAGGAAAUGUGUUCAUAUUCUGUACAAUACUGGCAUACUUUCUGAUAUUCUCUGGUGAUGACGAAUGGGGAUUUUAACCAGUAACACAAUACAGCACUUUUAAACAACACCCAGCAUUGCUGAUAUGGACAAUAGAUGAUAAUAUGCACACUUUGAAUGAUGUACAGCAUGGCAUUUACUGUAGCUACAACCCUUUCUGGUGGAGACAUGCCUAUUUGUCUGGUGUUGAAUUAAGUGACUAACAAAAAUGUUCCAUUGGUCGGUGACAAUGAACAAAAGAUUAUUUUAAUGUUGGUAGUCUUAUGCCAAUAUUUAAGCUCACUUMACUAGCUUGAACCACUGAAUUCCACCUAUUGCCACAACAUUAGACUAUAUGGAGUUUAAAUCAUCAACUUCUUUAAUUUGAUUCCUCAUAAAGAACAAAAGAUUGGUAAAAGUAUGGAACUCUGUUGCUGAAACAGUUAUUACCAUUGCCAUUAUAGACAGCUUUUUUUAGCUAGUAAAAAUAACUGUAACCACCUGGAUGAGAGGAAGAGUACCGUGGUUGUGUUGAUGGAUUUGAAUAGCUWACAAUGAUUUCCCAUCAAAAUAUCCCAAACAACAAAUCAAAAUUGGAAACUUCUGUAUGUACCACAAUCUAUAGACCUAGACGCUAUCAUAGCAAAAAAAAUGUCAUUUUGAAAUACUUGAGAAAUUUGGAAACRAAAAAUUAGUCACAUAAUUAGUGAUAAAGAUGCAAAGUUUCAAGAAUAUAGUGUAUGAAUUUUUAUAUUUCUUUUCAGGUACAAUACAUUUUUUCUAAAAAUGUACAAAAAUUAUCUUAYAUCUGUGAAACCUGAAAUAUUUAUAAUCACUGUGACUAAAUCGUUACAGGAUUUCUUAGAUGUUAAAUCUAGUGUUAGCUAGCAUAGACCUUUUUCUGAAAUACAAARUCAUGGGGCGGUGGUAGAAACAAUGCCAUAUWURGCAGCAUGAACAAAAGAUKUUUGUACCGAAUCUAGACCGCAAUGCAAUGCAAAAUAUGUUUAUUUUAUUAMRGUUAGGUUUCUUUGUAUUUCAGGGUAUUGUUUAGMUUCUGCUCCAUUGUUUUUAUCUUUUGUUUCUAUUGAAUAACACAGUCUGUAGUUCUGUUAUUGCUCUGGUGCACUCACAGGCCAUCACGCAAUCAGUGUUUCCUUGGGUGGGUGUGCAAAUUCUUACUGUAACUAGCCAAAGAAUGUAUUCAAUUGAUAGAUGAAGCUAAUGAUAGUAUAAAAACUUGUAAAUAUUCUCUUUAAAACACUAAAACUGUUAUUCCAUGAAUUAAAAAUCACAAUUAAGUUACUUGCA